AUGUUCCUCACCGCCAAACGCACCUUCAACCUCCUCCUCCACACCCCCCUCGUGCCCCUACCCACCACCGCCACCCAGCCCAUAGAGCUCGCCACCAUCUCUUCUGCUUCCAGCCCCGCCCGGCUCAGGGUGAGGACACUGUCCAGCCUGAGUGUGAGGGGGUAUGACCCUGCGACGGGCACUAUGGGUAUGAGCCGUAUGGGCGGACAGAGGAGGGGGGUCAGUACAGAGAAGGGGAGUAGGGAGGAGCUUUAUGCGGAUGAAGCUGGGAAGAGCAGUGCUUCUACCGAUGAGAUUUCGCAUUCCGAUGCUGCUUUCAACAAAGACGCCAACCCUGAAACAGCUGCCAAGGGAGUGGAGCAAGAGACCGGCAAAGACUUUACCAAAGAAUCACCUGCCAACGCCGACGAGUCACUUCCGCUCGGAAAGAAGGGUGAGAAGGACGGAGAGCACUCGAUGGGCACCUCGCGUCAUCCCGAGAAGCGUUAA